CCAUCCUUUCAGGUUGUUGGACUGAGGUAGGACUAAAUAGAUUUAAAUAGUGUAGUAGGAUGGGGUUAUUUUUAAUUUGUGAGUGUAGUGUUAGAUGGUAGAGUAUUUGUUUCUUUUUUUUUAAGCAAAGUAUAAGGGAGUUAUACUCCAGUGUAAUAGGGGGCGGUAAUGCAACAUGUAUUGGAUGCCAACCGCCGUUAAACCUCAUCAAAGAAGAUCAAAACCGUAAUGUAUCAUGGGUAAAUUAUGACUGACUGAUCUACAGAUAAUAAUGAGUAGUUAUUUAUGAUGGAAGAUGAUUUGUAAAUCAGUUAGUUUGCUCAUCAAAGAAGAUCAAAACCGUAAUGUAUCAUGGGUAAAUUGUGACUGACUGAUAUAUAAAUAAUAAUGAGUAGUUAUUUAUGUUGGAAGGUGAUUUGUAGAUCAGUUAGUCGGUUGCAAUGUUCAGGAAGCCCGUAUCUCCGGUUGAUGAGAUCUAGGCGUGCCGCAUUUACUCGUCUAGUCAAGAUUGAGGAACUGUCGACAUAAAUUAUCUGUCUUCCGUUUCACGGACGCUGUUGAAGGUGUUUAACUAUGUCUCCUAGAGAUAUAGAACAACAGACAUUUGAUAUUAUUAGUUGCUUUUUUGAAGAGGAGCAGAACCGAAUAUGUAAUCGGAAGGUGUACGGAAGCAUCGAGUCUGAUGGACCUGGAGAUGAACCGAAGUUCGUCAGUAAGACUGGAGAGAGUGACGGGUUUGACCCAGUUGUAAUAGCUGAUAAACUGAGGGAACUUGGAGAUGAUUUUGAUGUUAAGUUUAUCCAGCCUCAUAUCAGAAAACUCCGACAAGCAGUUGCAGACAAGGCGGUGGAGGAGUUUGCACGUAGCGUGGACAGCCUGUGUGCGGCCCAGGGAGCAGAGGUGGCCCCUGAGAUGCAGCUGCUGAGGGCCUCCAUGGCCCUGGGUCUGUACGUUAAGAAGACCUGUCCUGACCUUAGAGCCACCAUCCAGUCUUGUAUGACUGCCUUCAUUAACACCCGGCUGGCAGGCUGGAUCAACCAGCAGGGAGGAUGGGAUCAAGUUACUAUGGUAUAAAAACAUGGAGAAGAUGACAUCCACAUCAUUUUUGUACAAUGAGGAAGAGGUCUUAAUGAGGAAGAGGUCUCAAUGAGGAAGAGGUCUUAACUCAAGUCUGUAUAUGUGUUAAGUCUUCGCUCUUUCUUACUUUCUCUCUCUCCUUCUUCCCUUUUUUUCUUUUCUUUAUUUCUUCCCUCUUUCUUUAUUUCUUCCCUCUUUAUUUCUUCUUUCUUUCUUUCUUCCAUCUUUCUUCCGUUCCUGUCAUGGCCAUUUGAACUUGCCAGUUGUACUCCUUCUUCACUUCCCCUGAGUUGGUUCUUCGAGGAAGAGACUGUGUCCCACUAUCAGCAGAAUGUGACUUUCACCGUCCUCACAAUGGGCACCUGCAUCUGAAGUAACGUUGCAUAUUGGAAUCAUGACGUAUUGCAAUCCAUGGCAUUUUCUACAUCUACAUCACAUUGUCAAAACAAGCAAUACAUUUCUGUAGGAAAAACAAUCAGUUGCAAUGUUUUGUACUUUUGAAGCCUUUUCCUAAGCAAUAGAAGCAGGUUACCAGAUAAUCACAACAAGCUUUCAUUUUGAAGCCGAUGGGCCAUCUUUCAUUUAAUGUGAGAAUCAACUUUGACCUAAUAAAAUGACUCACAAUAAAAGUCCAUGUAAUCACCGAAGCUGUGAUGUUAAAUACUUGAAAGUCACUGAGUCAUGCAUCCCUUGAUGCAAUCUGAAAUGCUUUGCCUUGUUUGACCGUGUUUUCUAACAUGCUCUUAUCCUCACUCAGUGCUUGUUAAACAUGCUUGUUGUUAGCUCUGCUCAACAAGUCAAAUAAUGAGUUUGUUAAAUGUGUGUGUUGCUGGUGAUAGCGAAUCUUGAUUUGAGUAAAAGGAAAAAGUCUUAAAUAUGAUAUGCGUUAAGAAAACAAAUUAGUGUUAACCAACUGUGAGUUUAUAGUUUUGUAGACUUCAUCAGAGCUUGUAGCGGGGAGCUCCAGCAGUGACAAGUGCUUCUGGUCAAAGUCAGUAUUGUUUCAAUGUCAACUCUGACUCAUACCAUUUACAGUCACUUCUCCUUUAUUAAAGAUGCACAGCACCACCAUGUGUAAAUGGACCAAAGGGAAUUAGAAAGUAGAUGAGGUUUUAUUGUAACAUUUUUUUCAAUUGUACAUUUGUGCCUAGUUGUAUGUAAUUCUGUCUUUCUGGUUUUAAUAAAACACGGAGCUUAGUUGUGAA